CUGGCGAGCGCGCACCUCUCUCUCUCUCUCUCACUCUCUCUCUCUCUCUGCUGCCCGGCGAUGCGGAGCGUGUCGGACCGCGCCUGAGCCAUGCCCAUCUUCUCGGACCUGAGCCUGUACUACAGCGGCGGGCCGCCGCCCUCGCAGCACCACCUGCUCUUCCCGGCAACCGGCAGGUACAAUGUGUACUCCCGCCCGCUGCCGGCGCGCUCCGCCUACUCGCCGCUGCUGCCCGCCAUCUCCGAGGCGUCGUCGCUGUCGCCCGUGUUCGCGCGCCGCUCGGGCCCCUUGUCCAGGGCGCCGGCCUACCGCGCGCCGCGGCCCGUCCACAUCGACACGGCCGACAUCGACGUGUCGGCGCCGCGGCGCUACGGCGGGGCGGCGCGCGCCGAGCGGCCGGGCACCAUCCGGCGGGACCGGCCCUUGGUGCGGCUGCACACCAAGAAGGCGCCCUCGUCCCCGGCCGGCCGGGAGAAGACCCGCGGGGCGCAGCUCGUCGAGAAGUUCCUCAUCAGGGACAAGCCGCCGGCGCCGCCGCUCAAGGAGGUCGAGGUGCUGGACUGCAUAUUGGCGGAGACGGCCCAGGACCAGUCCCGCGCGGAGCCCGAGGUGAAGCAGAAGAGGAAGAAGAAGUCCAAGACGGGUGACCUUGAGGAGUCCUCCAGCGAGGCGGAGAACGCCGCCGAGAAGACCACGCUGAGGCGGAGGAACACCGUGAAGCACAUCCGGAAGUUGUCCUUGGACUACCUCUCGGAGUCGCCCCUCGUGCACAGACAAACCGCGCAUCCGGACGAAGACAGCGCGGUGAAAAGUCCCACGGUACCCGGAAACGACUGCCCGAUUCCAAGCGAAGGGAAAGAGCGCGUAAGUGAAACGACACCAGGGUCUGCAAACCAACAAAAGAAUAAGAUAUCCUUUGAAGUGUCCGUAGAUAACCAUGACGAUAUUAUCCUCAGGUCUAAACGACUUCCUUUCAGGAUAAUCGUAGACGACGUGAAAGUUGAGGAAAAUACCAACGCAUCACCCAAAUCUAAACCAAAGAAAUUUCGUUACAAAAUCACCGUUGAAGAUGACUCGUGUGACUUGAGGAAAAGUGUUAAACAGAUAAAAAGGUAUUUGAUGUCAAAAAAACUUAAAGACAAUAUGCAUGGUAUUAUUCCAUCGUCAAUAAAUGCGAGCGAUAAUUCAUCACUGGAAAUUAAAGACACGUUUUCCACUCAAGAUCAUCGAAUGAAUGGCAUAUUACAUGAGGUCAACGAAACAGUGCUCGAUAAAAACAUUGGUAUUAAGAGUUCGUGUUCUGAUAGUGAAAGUAAUGAGGUCCACGCAGUAGAUCAAGAUGAAUCUAAAUCAGUAACUGUGAUUCAUCAUAAAUCAUCCGAAAAAGAAAAUAUUGAAACAUCACUGCAAAACCCUCCCGAGCAAAAAAAUUCAAAGACAAUAAAUAACCUCAGUGUACCGAAUGUUGAAAAUAAAGAACAUUUGCCCAUUUUGGCUCAAAGAAAAUCAACUGAGGAUAUCAGCUUAGCUAAAAUGCAUGUGGAGGAAACAAAAGAACUGCCGAGAACUUCACAGUUUCGUAACAUUCCUGUCAUAGAAAAAGACAAGAAAAAUAUUCUCAGUGCUACUGCUGCAAAGGAAGCCGAAGCUCUAUCUAAAAUUUAUAAUAAAACACAUGUGACAAAGAAGCUGCAAGGAGAUGCCAGCGGGAUCAGUAACCAACCAAGUGAUUCAGUCAUUUCACCAAGCAAAAAAGAUGGAAAUCCAAAAGCAUUCACGAAACUUAAAUUAAACCUCAAAAUUUCUUCUAGUGAUUUGCAACACCAACACUUUAAGCAUGUUAGUACUUUUGCAAGUUCUCGAAACGUAACAGAAGUGGAUACCAUUAAUACGAGCACGAAAACAACUGGUGGUGAAGGUGAAGAAAACUCAUCAACAGAUGAACCUGUUGAUUUUUGGGCUCUUUUGAAAUCACCAUCUGUUACAGAAGUAGUGGAGUCAGGAAGAACUGUUUUGCGUUACCAAAGAACACUUUCGGGUACUAUACCAGAGCAAAGAGAGGAAAACUCGGAAACUCACACACAUGAAAUUGUUAACGAGACUAAAAAAAGCAAACCUGCUGUUAAGAAGUACAAAGUGCCUAACGACAACAAAAAAGCAGCAAUUCAAAAGGUAAACAAAAGCUCUGAACAAAAAUCUGAAUUAAGCUUAAAUGCAUGUGAUAAGUUAAAAAAAUUUCCAAACGAAGGAUUUGAUAGUACAAAAGACAUGCAAAACAUUCCACUCAAAUCAUCUUCGUACCUAUCUGAAAUCACAGUAUCUUCGAGUGAAACAAUCAGAACCCAAGCAACAAAAGACAUUUCGUUUAUUGAAAAGUCAUCAUCGGAGCUUCCUGCGACUGUCCCGGAAUCUCGUGUCAGCAGCUCAGUUACAUUAGAAGAAUUGAAAAGCAGCGAAGAAGGGACAAAAGUUAAAGACAAUCAAACCAGCGGGCUUCGUACUGAUUGUGCUACCAAAAGUAAACUAAUGUGUGAGACAAAUAAGCCAUCCAAGCUAAAACUAAUGUACGAAGAGCUUGACAACACAUUGGAAGCAGGAAAAUCUCUAACUAUUAAGCAGGAAGAAGAAAGUAAACCUUAUCUUGAAGUGAUGAAGUCACUCUCGCAGCUUGCGGAGAUGAGCACUAAUGUAUCUUCUUGUUCGACUUUAAGAGAAAAAGUGAACAUAAACGGUUCAGAAAGUGGUUGUGUUAAAUUGAUUACUGACGAGAAAGAACUAGUAGUGUCACUGAAAAAAAUUUCCCAGAGUUUAGAUUAUAAAUCUUUAGGAACUGUAAAGUCUUUAAUUGAUAAAAAUAAGUCAUUAGGACCAACUGAAGACAGGAGGUUAAACAAAUGCGGUCUUAAAAUAGAUCCGAAAAUAAAAAGUACGGAUUUUGUUGAUAAACAAUCAGAACUUAAACUUAAGACAACGCAGUCGUUAAGAGAAGACGUUGUUACCCAGAUUAAAUCCACUGUAAGAGUAAAAAGCCUCAGUGAUAAAGAGACGUCGAAAGAAAAUGAGAAAAUUUUCUCUGCAGACAAAGACAGUUUAGAGCAUGUUUCAGAAAACAAUAAAGCUUCAGCCAAACAAGAGACGGAGAGUGAAGUGCUAAAUCAACAUACAUUAGAGAAGCUCGAUAACGUAAAUAUUAAACAGUCUACAAAUCUGACGGAGGAUAAAUCUUUAAAUUUCUCAACUCUUCAACAUGGAGCAACUCCAGACGGCCUAAAAUGUGACAUCAAUAAGAAGCCUAGUUCAGAAAAUGACAAAAAAUCUAGUUCACGGCUCGAAAUGAUUCAAAGUGCAACUAAAGCAGAAACUGCAAAAGUGGUUACAAAAAAAGAAGAAAAUACAAGCAUCGUCGCGAAAACAUCUCACGAGAGAAUUGCUGUGAAAACUGUGCAGAAGUCCGCAAAGCCCGACAGCUCAUGCCCAAACACGAUCUCAACUGAAGGCGAAAAAUUAUCGAAGACGGCCAAACUUGGACGGACUCAGGAGAAGAUAAAGGGUGCGAAGACGUCAACGCCCGAAGAAGUGACUUCUGAGCGAAAGCCUGAUGGGGAUACUUCAAAGGAGACUGAAACUAGAGGUAGGGAACCUGCGGACCCUCCAGUGACGUCGAGUAGUCCAGGGAGCUCAUUGGUCAGUUCCGUAGCCACGGGAGGCAGGUCAGUGGCUGCAGCGGGCAGUUCGGCGUUUGCAUCGGAUGGUUCAGCCGGUGGUCCAGGGAGCGCAACAGUCGCGGAAGGCACCUCAGUGGCUGCAGCGGACAGCUCGUCGCUCGCUGAAGAAGAGGAUGCGGCGGGAGGGGAGACGGAGACCGCGGCAGACACCGCCAGGGGGCCGAAGACCUCGCCGGGAGAAGGGGCGGGCGACAGUGAAGAGGAGGGGAGCAGCUCCGAGGACGAGGACUCGUCGACGGAGGAGUCCGACGAGGAAGACUGCGACGUCAACUGUCACCGGAAGUGCGAGAAGCUGAUGCCGCACUUGUGCGGCGUCAACCAGAAGCUGAUAGUAGAGGCGCUCUCGUCGGUCAAGAAAGGUGGCAGCAGCGACGGCGGCAAGGACCCCCCCUCCUCGCCGCCGGGGCACAGCCCCGACCUGCGGCUGGACGAGUGUCCCCAGAGGCCGCGCCGUCGCUGCUCGUCUGUCUCGUCGGGCCGCGUCACUCCCCCCGCCACCACCAUCCCGCGCUUCCGCAAGUACGCCAUCGACGACUUCAACUUCCUCAAGGUGCUCGGCAAGGGCAGCUACGGCAAGGUGCUGCUGGCGGAGCUGAAGAACACCGAGUGCUACUACGCCGUCAAGUGCCUGAAGAAGGACGUGGUGCUGGAGGACGACGACGUGGAGUGCACGCUGAUCGAGCGGAAGGUGCUGGCGCUGGGCACCAAGCACCCCUACCUCUGCCACCUGUUCGCCACCUUCCAGACCGAGUCGCACCUGUUCUUCGUGAUGGAGUACCUGAACGGCGGAGACCUCAUGUUCCACAUCCAGCAAGGUGGGCGGUUCCCCGAGCCGAGGGCGCGCUUCUACGCGGCGGAGAUCGUGUCCGGGCUGCGCUUCCUGCACCACAAGGGCAUCGUCUACAGGGACCUGAAGCUGGACAACGUGCUGCUGGACUUCGACGGCCACAUACGCAUCGCGGACUUCGGCAUGUGCAAGCUGCAGAUCUUCCUGGACCGCACGGCCGACACCUUCUGCGGCACGCCCGACUACAUGGCGCCCGAGGUGAUCAAGGGCCAGAAGUACAACCAGUGCGUGGACUGGUGGUCGUUCGGCGUGCUGCUGUACGAGAUGGUGGUGGGCCAGUCUCCCUUCUCCGGCUGCGAUGAGGACGACCUGUUCUGGUCCAUCUGCAACGAGCAGCCGCACUUCCCGCGCCACCUGUCCGCCGAGGCGAGCGGCAUCCUCGCGCUGCUGCUGGAGAAGGACUCGUCGAAGCGGCUGGGGACGCCGCAGUGCGACGCCGGCGACGUCAUAGACCAGCCAUUCUUCCGGCCCGUCGACUGGGCGGCGCUGGAGCGACGCGGGCUGGAGCCGCCCUUCCGGCCGCGCGUGAAACACCCUCUGGACGUGCAGUACUUCGACAAGACGUUCACCAACGAGCGGGCGAAGAUCACGCCCGUGGACCGCAGCAUCCUGCAGUCGAUGGACCAGACGCAGUUCCAAGGCUUCAGCUACACCAACCCCUACGCCACCGAGUGAAGCCCUUCAACCGGGGACACGGUCCUGUUCACGAGGGGCACGCCUCUCGCAACGGCUCUGGAGCGUCGAGAGUGCAAGCGUGUUCGAGUCGCCGGCCGCGGCUGCAACAGUGUUCAGUGUCGAGGCGUGACGAACCCGCCGAAGGACAAGCGCUGUCGUUGAGUCAUCAUUUUUUGAAAGUAAUUUAAGAUUUAAUUUUUUUGUAUUGAGGCUCGCAAAACACGCCUUCUUUUCUAACAGAAUUGUUAUUGUUUAUAUUAUUAGUUCCUCGAUUUUGAAUAACAAACAAUUUUCGAUGUCACUUUCUAAGUGUUUGUUAUGCAAAUGUACGUUUUUUUAAGUCGACAAUGAUGUCAUAAGUUAGUUAGUUUAUUGUUAUAACUUUUGUAAUGAAGAAUUUUAUUCAUGUGCGCUUCAAAUUAAAGGGGUUUGCUUUUUUCUACAA